CAGAGCAGCUAACUGUGUGGAUUCACACAACAGAAUAGCGAAACUUUUGAGGAGAUGGGCAAAAAAAAAUAAAAAUCGAGGUGGCCUUUUGCCUAGAACUCACAUUGUAUAUAGUAUAUACGAACAGUAACGAUUUGAUAGUUGAAGAGUACUUAUCGACUAAUUCGGAAAGGUUGACACCGCAGCCCUGUACCUUGUACACUACAGUUUAGUUUUUUUAGUAGUUGUAGCAGAUCUGUUGAUCGACAUCUAAAACAUUUUUCAAAAACUUACUCACAUUUUUCGCAGAAAUUGGAAAAUUGAUACGAGAAAAUGAAAUAAUUUUUUUUUCUGAAAUUUUUGAAUGCAAUUUCAAGUAAAAGUUCAAUACGAUUGAAAAAUAUCUUGCGCGGCGUCAAUACGAAAUAAACAAUAAGAAUUAAAAAAAAAAAAAAACAAUAAUAACUGAAGAGCAAUAGCAACCGAUUCGCGCGAUUAUUUGAAAACGGACAAAAAGCCCGGUUUGAAAAUCACACAAACGUUGAGAGAGAGAGAAAGAGAGUGCGAGAGAUUACCAAAACAAAACACCGGCAACAACAUUCAAGCGCGUGAAUGGAAGAACACAAUUGACAUCAGUGACAACAUGUGCGAUUUCAUUUUCAAAUGAACUGAUAACGAUUGGUGUGAAACUGUGAAUUAUUUAUAGCUAGUCAAUUGUUCGGUAAACAGCCCAACUAAAUUUCGAUCCAAAUCAUUCAGAAAUAGUUUAUUGUAUGAUCGAUUCUCAUUAUCAUAAUCGGGUUAUAUCGACACAAAAUACUCUCAGCCAACGAUCAUUUCGACAAAAAGAAUACUUUCUAUGAAAGAGUUACACCGAAAAAAAAUUAUUAAAAGAAAGAGUUUAAGCGAUAAGAUCGAUUUGUAAUUUUACCGGAAAUUGUGAAAUAAAAGAUUGUUCCAUUUGAAAAGAUCUUCUUUUGAAUUAAUAUUUAUAACAUCGAUCCAAACAUUUCUUUAAACACUUUAUUCGUCCUUUUUAAGUGCAAAACCAUUUUUUAUUUCAAUUUAAAUUGACAUUUUAAGGACAUUGUCAUCAAGUGAACUGAUUCUAUAAACAUUUUAUUUCGAAAAAAAUCUACAUCACAUUUGUGUACUGAUUUUUCGGAGAUUUUCCAGUAUUUACCAACUGAAAAAAAAAAAAAGAAUUCCUGCGAUUAAAAAAAGAACUGAUAGUGGAUACAAAAUAAAGGAUAUUGAAAAAAAAACGCUUUUUUAAAAAAUUCGUUCGUGUUUUGAAAAACAGUUGAUGAAGACAAAAUAAAGAAGUAAAAGUAGAGAAAAAAAAAUAUAUUGAAAAAAUAGGUCUACCAGAAAUUGUGACUCGUAAAUUAAGAAAUUAAAUUGAAAAGAAACGUGAGAACAAAAAAUAGCAGUAAAACAAGAAAAGCCAAUUCGAUAUGGAGCAUCAAAUUCAGCAGGAGCUGGCUUCCGGAUCGCCCGAAGUACCAAAUUAUCCAGGGAAAAUGUUUAUUGGCGGACUGAGUUGGCAAACAAGUCCAGAAAGCUUACGGGAUUACUUUAGUAAAUUUGGUGAAAUAACAGAAGUUAUGGUCAUGAAAGACCCAUCAACACGUCGGUCGAGAGGCUUUGGAUUUAUUACGUUCGGUGACCCAUCUAGUGUAGACAAAGUAUUAGCACAAGGCACCCAUGAAUUAGAUGGAAAAAAGAUUGAUCCAAAAGUAGCGUUUCCUAGGAAAGCGCAUCCGAAGAUGGUGACGAGAACGAAGAAAAUAUUUGUGGGUGGCUUGUCUGCUCCCACAACGCUGGAAGAUGUCAAGAGCUACUUCGAACAAUUCGGACCGAUUGAGGACGCAAUGCUGAUGUUUGAUAAACAAACAAACCGUCAUAGAGGUUUUGGAUUUGUCACAUUUCAAAGUGAAGAUGUCGUGGAUAAAGUAUGUGAAAUUCAUUUUCAUGAAAUAAAUAACAAAAUGGUUGAAUGCAAAAAAGCGCAGCCGAAAGAAGUGAUGCUCCCGACGAAUCUUGCCAAAACGCGCGCAUCCGGAAGGACGGCAUACGAUAAUAUUAUGUGGGGAUUGGGAACAUUACCAGAAGGUUUCCCAGCAGCUGCAUAUGCUGCAUAUGCAGCUGGUCGCAGCUAUUCAGGAUAUCCUAGUUUUGGAUUGCCUUAUCCAACAGUUCAUGACUUGACAAACGGCCAGCUAACACCAAACAACAAUACACCACUCCUAACACAAGCACUUUCAGUCAUGAAUAAUUAUCAGGCGGCUGCUGCAGCAGCACAAGGUUUUGGACCACCAGCAUCACCACAUACAACUACAACAAGAGGCGGAUUUCCAGCGACCAAUUCACCAGGACCAACAAUUGAUAUGUAUAGUUCUAGUGCAGCCGAUAGCGUAGGAUAUGUGCAAGCGGCGAGCCCCCAACCAUCCGGCUUCCCAGCCAUUGCAGUGAGUCGAGCACCAUUGAAUUACAGUCCUGGUCCAUUAAUACAAGCUGCAUUCACCAACGGUUAUCAUUGAAUUGAUUUCCAUGCGAGGCACAUCUAAAUAAAACACAUAUUGUUUGAUAAAGAGAACACAAAAUCAGCUUAACAAUAAACAAAAACAACAAACAGGCAAAGUAUAAAACUUUAUAUCAGAUGAAAUAAACAAGGAAAAAAUGAAAUUGUGGAAAUCAAAGAAUAGUUUAAUGAGAAGAAGAAUCCACUGAAAUAAAAUCAUAUAUUCACACUCACACACAUUUAUACAAGGCACAGUAAACGAACACAAACAGACAAAAACUCUAUAUAGAUAUUAAAAUUAAAAGAAAAAAAUAAAUAAAUAAAUAAAGUAAUUAUAAUAAAAUAUAUUUUCAACUGCAAUCAAAAAUCGGCUGCAAUAAAUUGCGCUGCAAAAUAAACCACUUACAUAAAAUAAAAACAAAAAUGACAAAAAAUAUUGAAUAAAAAUAUUCUACAUCAAUUAACCUAUAUAAGUAUAUAUACAUGAUUAUAUAUAUAAAUGAAUGAAUCGAAACGGGAUUCAUUUGCCUACCCGCACACAAUCCACAACAAUAACAACAACAAAAAAACUAAAUAAAAUUAUUACGAAUUAUGAGGGAAAAUGUUAGGACGAAUGUGUAAAAUUUAAUCCAAAAAAAAAAUAUUUAAAUGGAAACUUGCAUCAUUUGAAUAUAUUAUGAACGCAGCCGUUAUAGAGAGAAUGAGAAAUCAAAUGAAUGUUACAAUUAUAUAUUUUCUUCUUUAAAAAAAAUGUGUUACAUUCUACACACCCCACACACACGCAUAAAACAAUCCAUCUCUACAUAUUUGCAAUAUUUUCAGUGUUGAUAGAAAUUUGGGCAAAUUUUUUUUGCGAUGCAGAUGAACUAACGGGCAUGGACAACCGAAUUCGUUGAGUUUGUCAUCAUAUUUUGAAGCAAACAUUCCGAUUUUAUAUAUGUUAGCUAGGACAAAAGACAAAUUCUAUGCUAUUCCAUAUAAAAUAUGUUGAAACGAAGUGCGUAUAAGAGUGAACAUGAAAUACCUACACAAUUUGAUAUUAUAACGAAAAAUAUUGUUCAUACUUAGAGAGAGAGAGAGAGUUUUGUUGUAUUGGUACAUCUUAUUUUCGUUCCUUUUCGUAGCCGAAACAGUUGGCAUUAAUAACAAGAGACAAAUGUUAUUGUUAUUAUUUACUACAAAUAACUUCUAGUAAUGGCCAACUGUACGUGGAUAUGAAUUGAUCCGAUCAUUUGAAAAGAGAUUUCAGUUAGAUGUCAGAUUUCUGCUCAUAUCCCCCAAUGGUUCAAAGGAUUUUUUUUGAAUCGAAAUCAAUUGAAGAAAAGAUCCGUUGGAAAAAUCGAUUUUACAUUCACAUAGUGCUUUGUUUUGUUUAUUUGACGAAAGUGUAGUUUAACUCACAAAAUGAUUGCCAAUGGAAAAAGCUUAUGAAAACAUCAACAAUGUUGAUGGCACUCAGUGUGAAUCGUUCAUAAGUUGUAAAUUACAUUUCGCCAUUCGAAAUAAAAGAAGAUGAAAAAAAAAAGAUUUAAGUGGAUCUCAGCUGGCAGAUACCGCGUUGUCUUCCGACGGAAUGACGAAAUUAUAUAUACAAUAUAGAUAUAUAAAUGAAGCUUUUAUCUUUUGAAUGGUAGUUAUCAAACGUGGUAGUUUUCAACCAAACAUUUGAUUUCAACACUUUACAGCAAAAAAAACGACAAAUGACUUGAAGUACUUGAACAAAUAUUUCUUACAGAGUUUAUGCAUUUAUAAUGUAUAUUGUAUCCAAAUUUUGCGUUCAAUUUACAAAUACAAAAGCAUGCAUUGAUUGCCAAAAUGAAAAAAAAACCAUUAAUUGGAUUGGAUUACAGUAUGUUCUUCGUAGCAAAUGCAUUGAGAAGAACGUUCAUUACUCAUUUUGAGUUUUGGUUCAAUUCAUUUGCUUAUCAUUCAAUAGUCGUGUUUUUCUGUUCAAACAUAAUCAGCAUUUUUUUUUUCAAUAUAUUGAAAACAGCAAAUGUUGCAUAAAUAUAUUCGGAUAACCAACCUUUAGAUUUUAUUCGACAAUGCACUUUGCUGCACCCGAUGACACCUACACGCUUUAUAGACGAAUGGAUUAUUUUAAGUUUCAAUCAAUUAUAUGCAUUUGAAAAAAAUCGAUUAAAAUGACGCAUCAAAUCAAGAAUCGAUAAAAUUGUGGUAGCAACAGCACAUCAAGCAAUAGCAUCUAUCAGCAUAAAACCAAUCGCAUUUUACACCGUGUUUUUCCUUCAACAAAUAUUUAGUAACAAAGAAUAAAAAAAAAUGUGAAUAUUCGAAAAGCAAAGAAAUUUACCAAAACAAAAACAAAACACUUAAACAUAAAAUCACAGAGAAUUUAUGCGUUUUCUUAUGCCAGUGAGAAUAAGCCUACUUACAAAUUGAAUAGAAGAAUUUUAAAAGAACAAAACAAAACACAUUUAGAACAACCAACAAUUACGACAAUUUGCAAUACAUUCUCAUGUCAUAAUUUCUAUAGAGAGCAUUUUAUAACAUUUUUUUCGUAUUGAUAAAUAAACAACAACAACAAAAAACAAGUAUGCUUUGUUAGAUUCUAGACAAUUGCCGUCGUCGCUUGACAUUUUUUUACCAAAACCAAAAUCUCGCUAAUCACGAAAACACACACACACACACACACGUAACAACCAAACAUAAAUGAAAUGAACAUGCACCUUCAUAUUUAUAAAUGAACAAUAAAAACCUAAAAUAAUAACAAAACAUUUAAAUUAAAUUUAAAAGAAAAAAGAGAUGAAUAUUUAACAGGGUAUCUUCUUUACAAUUUCGAAAUAUGAGAAAGUGAACAAACCUAGUCCCUUUGAAUGCUCAACAAACACUAUCCCAUCAUCCAAAGAGCAUGCAACGUUUUAAAAAGAAAUAAUCAUUUAAUAAGUGAACUAUUAACAGACAAAUUAAAGACAGCAAGCGAGACACACACACACACAGAUAACUUGUAAACAAACGAUUAGUAAGCAUUUGAAUAAAAAAACAAAACAAAAGACGAAACAACCUUAAAGUAAAUAUACACAGCGAAAACAAAAAACUUAUAUAGAAAUAUCUUAAGUGAUGUAAAUUGAUUAUUCACUUAAACUCAUAUAUGAGUAUACACGCGACGAUACAACAGCUGUAAAUUCUAGGUAAUUACAUUUUUUUUGUUGUCUGUACAUAACAUAACUGAAUAUUUUAAACGAAAACAUAACAACAAAAAAAUCACAUAUUAUGUGACACAUAAAUACAAAAUCACAAAAAAAAACGAAUUAAAUAAAUACCAAAAAAGAAAACCAAAAUGGACCAAGCUAUAGCAAGUUUGCAAAUAUUGACAUUUUGCAUUUGUCUUCUUCUUUUUUAUAUAUAAAUAACUUACAUAUAAUCCUGAACUUAAUGAAAUGUGACAACAUGAACAUGCAAUUCUCAAAUAAAACCCGGCACAAUUAUUUAAUUCGAGCUGAUGUUCUCAGCGUGCCAAUAAAAAUGCUCUCUAAUCAAUCGAAACUACUUGCAGCCAAACCCGAAAAAAGAAAUCAGGUACACAGCAUAACUUGCAUAUUUAGAUAAUUCAUUCCUGGAACCCAUGUGUCCAUAAAAUGGACACAAUUGCUCGAUGGUGCUGACACAUACGAUAGAUUACGUUACAUGACAAUAAAAUUGCAAAAAAGCAAAACGAUUGACCAUUCAUGGAUUAGUGUGUUGUAGUCCCAUUUUCUUUUUCAAUCGAACCAAAAAGCCCACGAGUUUCUUGCUAUAGUACACAAUAUGACAAGCAUUUCACUUUCUCUUUCUCGCUCCUCACUGCAAACACACAGACACGCUCACAAUAUUUCUUUUUGCGUUUCAUUUUUGUGAUAAGAAUUUUGGAUCAAUGCAUAGCGAUGCCAAUGUUAACAUAUUGAAAGAUGAAAAACGCCAAUAUGGUCUCUUUUUUCAGCUUGAGCUCAAAUCGUCGGAAUUUUUAUUUGUUGUGUGGCUGGAAAUUGAUUUGAUUGCAUUUGUUUGUUACAAAAAAAAAAUGCGAAUUUAAUGUGCGUUAAUUUCGCCGCAUAAUACAACAGCGGCAACAGACUGACGGAGCCAAUUUGGAAUGGGUAAACUGUCCACGAAAAUUUAUGGUCACUGGCAUAGACAAGAAAUGAGCAUUUUAUUUAGUGCUUCUUUGUGUCUUUUUUUUCGGAACACAAAACGAACAAAAUCUAUUUACUUGUUGAUUGUUCACAAGCUACAAAUUACAAACAAUAAAUUUUCAGUUAUCAGCAAAAAAAAACUGUUUGACUGUUAUUUUUCUCUAUCAAAAUGGCAAACGCAUUGCGCGUUCAACAACUUGCACAACAGAUUAUUCAUUUCGGUUUAUCUUUGCAUCUGCUUGCUUGCUUUAAAAUACAUAAAUAUGUAUUUCUUGGCUGCAAAUUGCCAUUUCAUUCAAAUCAUCAUUUUUUUGUUUGUUUUAUCUGCCAUUUGAUUCAUUUCGCUCCAAUAAAAUAUCUUCAUUCAACAGCAUUAUUGUCUUUCAUCUGCUUGCUCUUGAGGAAAAGAAGAGAACACGAAAAAAACCACAAUUGUUGCAUUCAUAUGAAUGCUCGAAGGUUUAAUUUGGUCAACGCAUCCACGAUAGUUGGAUUAAUCCUUUAAAUAAAUGAACCUAAUCAAAGCUGGUAGUGUAAAAACAAAUAGUAAACGAUAAUAAUAAAAGCAAUAAUAAUAAAAAUUCAUUCGAACUCUUUGAAUAAUGUGAGAAAUGAAUAAAAAAAAUAUCGCUGCAUAAAAUACAUAUAAAUUGAAGACAUUUCAAUAGCUAACUUAAAUCCAAUAAGUCAUUUUAAAAUAAAACACUCACGAGUUCAAUGGACAUUGCAACGUCUUUGUGUUUAAGUCUUCUAAUAGCAUGAAUUUGGCCGCGAAUUUGAAAGGGUACGGCUUAUCUCGUACGCAAAUUUGUCACAAUGGCAAGAAAAUAGAAACAACGUUCAAUGAAACGGUUUGUCGAAUGUGUAUAACAUUAAAUGACAAACGCUCACACUCUUAUAUUUAUGAAUAAUUACUGAAGUAUAUAACACAUAACAACCAUUGAUAUACAUACAAAAAGUAUAUUCCUCCCGUUUGAAACUUGUAAAAAAAAGAUGAGCAUUGAAGUGAUGCAUUAAAGCGUGACGUGUGUGAGGUGAGUUCAUUUUUUUCCGUUUGUUUUUUUUUAAACAGAAUACUAAACCAAAUAAAUGAUGAUAUGAGAAGAAAAUAUUGUAUUUAAACGAAAACAAAGAAUAUGCGGACAUUUUUUCUCGCUCUCUCUCCUAUACAGGCACAAAUAUAAAUCAUACUAUAAAAAAAAGAACAGAAUGAAUAGGUUUUUUUUCAGCGGAUAUUUAUAAGGAAAUAAAAAAAAAUGAAAUCAAUAAUAAAAGUUUUACAUGAACACCGAGAAGUAAACAAAAGAUAUUAUUCUCGAGAGGAUUAGUUUAGCAAAGAAAAAAAAACCGUGCUAGCAAAAGUUAUUUGAGUAGAACAAUGAAAUGAACACGAAUUAUGUAACUAAUAUGUAAAACGUGAAACAAACAAAAUAUUUAAAAGGCAAUUGCUUUAAUUAAUUUAUUAAAUUUGAAUAAUUGAAGUAUUGAUGAUGGAACAAACCAAACUAAAACAAAUUAUCAGUGUAGUUAAUUCAUGUGUUGUUUAGAUUUUGGCCACAUUUUCAAUAUCGCUCAUUCCGUACAACACCAAACACCGUACGAAAAAAAAUUGUCGACGCGAACAAAUGUGUGACAAAUCUUUUAGUUAUCUCUUUCCAUCUUAUUAUCUUAUGGUUAGGCUAAAUAAAAAUAAAUAAAUAAAAACAAUUAAAUUAAAAAAAAAAAAACGAAACACAUACACACUCAAAAUCCAAAGUGGUUGAAUUUCUGUCCAUUGUUCUGUAAAAAUCAAAAGUCACACAUUUUGGGCUAUUUAAAUGAUAAUAUGAGUGUUAUAUGGACAGAAGCCAUGUAAAUAAAAUAAAAAAAAAUAUACCCUUUACUCUCUAGCCAACACCCCCUGAAGAAUAACAAUUUAAUCGUGUGUAAAAUUAAUUGAAAUUUUAACUCAAGUGAUCAACACAUAUUUAAUGAAAUUUAAAGAACAAUGGAAGGCAAAUGAAAAAUUUAAAUAAACAAAAUGUGUCACCUCUCCCCCCAAACAAUUCGCUAAUAAGAAUUACUUUGUUAAACUAUAACCAUUAUUCACUUUUACCAUGCGCCCGCCAACCCCCUCUCUCAAAUUUUACCGUUUAAUUUGAUUAAGAAAUGUUUUUUUUUUUAAUAAAAAAUGUUUAAAUACGAAAUUCGAUGAGCAAUGACAACGGACACCAAUUCUCAAAUAGAAAAAUGAAUUAAGUAAUACAAUGUCAAAUCUUCAUCUAUUCGAUUGGAUUUGAUUUGUUUUUUUUUUUUUUAAUUUAAGCAACAAAACAUUUUAAAUUGAAAAUUAAACACAAAGAGAUAGUUAUAGCUCUACGAUUGGUUCAUUUCGCAUAACAUAACAGUGCACAUAAACUUCAGAUAAAAGAAAACCAUAAUAACACAUUUGAACACAUGAAAACCGAAAUAGAGCGAUUAACACACACACACUCAACAAAACCUUAUAAAUAAAUUAGGAAGGCCAUGAAAAGAGGUUAUAGAUAGGAACAAAAUUAUUAGAAUAGAUAAAUGGUAAAAAAACAAAUCUUUUAAAAUAAAAAAAGCUAAAUGAAAUCAGUUAAAAAUUCAAAUAUUAAUGAAAAUGACGAAAUCUAAAUAACUUCACUUCUGAUAAGGUGCAAAACGAAAAAUUCUAUUUUUUGACUGAAAGAAAAACGAUGAAAAUGAAACAAAAGUGAAUAAAAAAAAAACAAACAAACAUAUGAGUAAUAAUGUUAAGCUGAACUAUUUUAUCUAAAGAGACGAGCAUUUAACUCAAAUAAAUAGUAUGAAAAGUAUACCUGUUUACCCCGAUAUCGGAGAAAUCUAAAAAACACGUGGCAAAAUAUGAUUCAGAUGCAUUUGUUCUGUUUCUUUCUUGAUUGAAGUUGCGUGCUCAUGGAAAACAUAUAGUCUUGAGUCUAUUGGUUUUAUUAUUUUCUUUGUCGACAUUUUUUUUUUUUCGUUUCAAAUUUUCGUUCAAUUUUUGAAAUCCGGUUGAUUUUGGCUUUCGACUCUGCAGCGAACUACAGUCUCUCCUUCGUAUCAAAGUGAAUUACAUACUUUUUCCCUAUUACUCCAACCACCAGUCGAGUCACCACUUUCGAAAUCUUUUCAAAUAAUAUAUAUAUACCCAAACAUUAUUUCCAACCGAAUGUUUGUCGAACGAAACGGAAUGGAAAUCAAAUGUCUACUUACAUCACGCAAAAUAUCCGGUAAACAGCAGUAACAGACCAUUGAAAUGAUUGUAAAUUCGAUUUUCUGUAUUAGUUUUUUUGUUGUUCAGAAAUGAAUUAUAUUUUGCAUGCCUGCGGUAUAUCAUUGAAAGGCACUAUUAUACCGUGAAGAUCUCCAUCGAUCAAACGAAAUAAUGAAUUGUAUUUCGUUUUACGUGCCACAUACCGUUCAACCAAAUUACAUUCAUUUCCUUCACAUAUAUAAAAGAAAAUGGAGAACAAAAGCCGUACGUUUCCUUUUUAGUUUUUUAUUUUCAUGAAUUGCGAACAAUUAAUAGUAACAUAAGUGAGACAAAAAGAAAACAACAACACGAAAAUUAAGCAAUAUAAAAAUAAGUAGUAUGUCUUUUUGAGUAUUUUAUGAUAAUUAUUUUUUUGUUUUGUUUUGUUGUUGUAAGUUAGCCGAAGAGGUGUUGAUUUAAGUGGAAAUAAAACACUUAAAUAUAUGUGUGUGCUACUUUCUAUUUACGAUCAUGACAAAGAAAAAUUACUGUCAUGAAUAUUAUUUUGUGAAAGGAAUAAAAAAAAAAUGAAUAGAAAUGAUAGCAUUUAGCGGAUGAAACUGCAACGCUAAACGUGUAAAGUCACUCUGAAUUGACCGUCAUUUGUUUUUUGCAUAGUGUGACAUAUAUCGAAAAUGGUUCUGGUUUGUUUUAUUUUUAUGUUUUCGAUAAAUAAACCAAUGACGAUUUUUUGUGUGUGUGUUAUUGAAAACAAAUAUGUGCAUUUCAAUUUUUGAAAGCAUUCGAUUAUGCAAAAACUUAGAUGAAUAUUUCGUUUAUCUCAAAUAUCAAAAAAUGAUUAUUAUACGGAAGAUGAUGGAGUUAAUUUUUCACGAAAAUCAUGAAGCAAUAAUUUAUUUUAUGCAAUAAUUCACAAAUUUUUUAACGAACAAUUUUUUUCCCUUCCCAAGCUAAACUUAGAUUAAUAACCACUGAAAAUAAACACAAAUUAAUAAAAAAAAAGAAUGAAAAUACAUACAAAACAACAAUAUUAAACAACAAAAGUCAAAUAAUUCAAUUUAAUCGUCAAUUAAUACAAUUUUUAUGAGAAGCAAAAAAAAACAUAAUUUAAGAAAAUAUUUACCAAACAAUAUGAGCAGCAUUGAUGGCUAACACAUUUUGAGAGCGCAACCAAUGGCCAAAUCAUCAAACAAAUCGCACGUACCAUCCUAUUUGAUUCCCAUAUGUUGGACCGAUUAAAUAUCUUGCAUUGCACACAGUCCUUUUGAUAUUGACCUAUACAAUAAAAUGAUAUUAUUUUGAAGAAGCAUAUGUAGAAAACCACCAAAAAAGAAAAUGUUAAACAAUGACGAAAAAGCAAUCCAUUAUAAUUGAAAUUAAGUUUUAAUACGAUAGUUUCGUUAUUUUUCUUCGAAAAAUAAAAUUAAAUAAGAAAAAAAGCAAAAACAUUCAUGAAUAAACAAUUUAUAUAUAUAACUUUUGACUUUUUAAGUGGUUUGUUCCAUAUUGGCUUCCGUACUUUCCACAAAAGAACAAGAAGAACAUUCAUGACACUUAAUAAUUUGCAGCACUCUGUUGCACGCACACAUUAACGGAAAGUUGUACUUAUGACGAAAAUGUCCAUAUUUUCGUCGUCAACUUAUUUUAUAUGGUGUUACUUAAACAAAAUUGUUUGUUUGUUUGUUUGUUUUUAUUUUGUUAGCAAAUCGUCUUUAUAUUGAAUUACUUACAGGCCUUUUCAAAACUUUCUUUUUUUUCACAUUAUUUACACUUGACCCAUGUAAACAGUGUAAAUAACCAUUUUCUCCAAAUAUACAUACACAUCAGAUUCACACUCUCUCAUACACACAAUAACACAAAUGCACUGCAUUCGCAAGCACAUAUUAUACUUGCUGCAUUAUACAAUAUAUUUGCCAAAUGCGAACUUUCGUUCUAUCCGCGAACAAUAUAUUCGAAAUAUGAAGAUGUAUACGUUUGAUUCAACCAGCCCCCCUCCCAUAGCAAUGCUAAUUCCUCAAUAAUAGGCAAUUCUUCUGUUUUUUAAAUUAUAAGCAAAAUUUAAAUGAUGAGAACAGCAACCACAACAACAAAAACUAUAACCUAUAAUAAAUAAUAUUCUAAAGCAAAAUAUAAAAUUAAAAAAAAAAGGAAAAUAUUUUAAACUAAGCGUAAAUUUAGAAUUAUAUUCCAAUAAUGGAUAUUCAACCGUAAGGUGUUUUCCGAUUGAAAUUUAACCAAUAAUUGUGUCGUUCAUAUUUAAAAGGAAACCGGACACAAUCGACGAUAUGUGCGAAUUAGAUGGGUGCCAUCACAUUUAAACAUUUGAAUGUGCAUGUAUGUGUUUGUAUAUUGGAGUUGCGCUGAUGGAUGAGGGUUUUCUGUAAUCACAUUUUGACAAUAAACCCCAAACGGAACAUUUUCAAUCGAAUAGCUUUCAGUGUUUCGUUAAUAUUUUAGUGUUCCGUUGUUGUCAGAAGUGAUUUCAAAUUAAAAAAAAAAAAACUAAAAAAAUGAAAAUGAGAAAAAAUAUACCUUAAUGAAAAUACAUCAGUUUAAUGUAUGCAUACUCUCAAACAAACGUUCCGAACGAACGAACGUUUCUAGCAAUUUUUGACAAUAUAUUAUAUAUUAUAUAAAUAAAUGAAUAAAUAUUUAACACUUUGAACCAAAUGAGAAUGAAAUCAUAAAAAAUCAUAAAAUCCACAUGAUAAAAUGCUGAAAAAUUAUUCAAUUUGGACGCUGGACUCAUGAAAUAAAAUUACGACGAAUUUGAAAAUGCGACUGGUUCGUACACAAUUUCAUUAUUUUACUCUUUAACAUUGAAAAUUUCAUAUCCAGUGAAUCGUUUGUACAUUCGCAUAGAAAUUUCUAACAUGAAAUGACCGCUUACCGCUUUCGAGCAAAUGAUUGCGAUUGUUUAUUCAGAAUCGAAUUUAUUGUCAUCCAUAAGAAUUUUCAAUAAUUUCAAAAUGGAUGGAAAUAUUUUAACAACUCUUUCAAUAUCAAUAGAACAAUUAAUUCAAUGAAAAAAAAUAUCAAACGAUCCCUUUAAACAAAAUACGACUUGUUUCCCCAUCGAAUACAUAUUCACAAAAUCACUUAUUGAGAUUUUUCUGGAUGAAUAAUCCCUGAAAUGGAUGUUAUUGCGUAUGUUUUUCAUCUUCAUCAAAAUGACACCGUUGGUAUAAUGUGUGUAUUUUCAAAUCGUAUGUAUGAAGAUUUCUUGAAUCCACAUGUAGUCUAUAUUCAAGUCAUUUUUAUUCGGCUAGUUCGGUUUGCUGUCAAAUUAAAUGUAUCGAAAUGUUACGAAAAAUGUACGCACGGUACGCGGUGGCUGUAAAUUAUAAAUGAUCACACAUUUCUGUCAAACACAAAUCAGAUAACUACAAAAAAAAAACUUGAAACAAUUGUAGUAUCUUCCAUUUUAAUGGAGCGAAAAGCUCAACAGAAAUUGUUUAGAUGAUUAUUCUCGUGAUGAUUCCAAUUGAUUUUCCAACAAAAAAAACGGGCAUGUCAUACAUAUUUUUAUUACUUUCCAAAAGAAAAUGCUUCUUUUUCCGGCAUUUCUGGCUCGUCUUUAACUUUGACAGCAGACCAAAUAUAUUAGAAUAAAAAAAGCGUAAGAAAAAUGAACAUUUUUAAUUGCAUUGAAGAGUUUCCUGCGCCUAUUUUUUACCCAAAAUAAAUUUAAAAACAAAAAACAUAUAUGGAAUCAACACAAUUUUGUGUCACACACAAAAAAAAUCAUGCCAUAAAAAAUAUGCAGGAUACUUUACGAUGAUUUUCUUUUUGUUUGUUUUGAAAAUGGACUAAUCAAAGCAGAAUAAAUCAAUGCAAAUAAAUUUUUUUAAACAAGAAUAAGUAUGAUAGAAAAUUUCUAUUUAAAAAAAAAAUGCGAAAUUUGUUUACUCAAGAGUAUUUCCGUGUCAUGGGCCUUACUGUAAACAGAUACAUACACAAACAUAGGGAAACAAAAGAACGAGAGAAAUUAAGAGAAAAAAAAGAGAAGAAGAUUUAAACGAAUUGCCAAAAUGAAUAAAUACCAAAUAAUAAAUAAUAUUUAUUGGUGCAUCUCUUCAUGAUGAUGAUGAUGAGCAAACAAAGAUGUUAACAGUCACGCAUCAAUUUUUAAUGUGAUGCUUUUCAUAGCAAUUCAUAGCAAAAAAAAAACAUUAUUUGUUACAUUUUUAUUAUUAUAUGCGUUUCGGGUUCAAGUAACUUGACAAUACCCAACGCAGCAUCACUAGAUAUGAAGCCGCGACAUAAAUGUCAAUCAUCGAAUGGCAAUUCAAAACGAUAGCAAAAAUACGUGAAAGACGCGUCAAUGAUUUGAAGCAUUUUGUCGGAAGCAUUUCAAUGGAAGAACAAACAUACAUUAAAAAAAAUCCCACAAAACGAAGUUAAUAGAAAAUCGUUUUAUUUUGAUGUAAAUCACAUUUAUUUACAAUGGACGCCAAUAAAAUCAAACUCGAGCAUUCUUAAAGCAUUAUUUAUAAAGAAGAAAAAAAAACACUUUCCCACUUGGCUGCCCUUAUGAUAUGAACGAUGUAUUCGAAGUGUGUAUGUAUCACAUUGAUGGAAAAUAUUAGCCAUAACUUAUCGACAAAUGAAAAAAAAAAACAGAAUAAAUAUAUACAACACAUUUAAACAAGUAAUUGAACAUUUCUACUUCGCAACGAAAGAAAAAAAAAAAAACAAAUGAAUUGUGCAUUGAAUGCGUUUUUAUAAUGACAAAAACAAACAUCAAAAAAGAACAUAGACGUAAAAUGUGCGCAUUCCAUGUAAUAUUCAAUUUUAAUUUCCGUAUUUGAAGAAGCCAAUUUCGGUAAUUUAAUGAGACGAUGGUAACAGAAACAACAACAACAUCAAGAACAAACAAAAAUAUUAUAUAUGAAUAUAUAUAAAAAUAUAUGUAUUUUCUAGUGAAUAAGAUUAAGAUGAUGGAAUAAAGCAAUAACCAUUUUUAUUAUUAAAAUGAUAUAUUACAAUUAUUGAUUAUCACUAUUGAAAUGGCCUGUACUAUGUUUUAUUUUUCUUUGUCUAAUAAACGAUGAGAGAAAAGUGAAGAAGUAUUGCACAUGUAUUUGCAAGUGCAAAUCAAAGAAAUCGGUGUUAUGAAAGCGAAAUCAUAUAUUUAAAGAAAGAAAAUUACCAGAACAAAAAAAAAAUGGAGCAUUUGUAGUAAACUUGAUAUGGAUUCAAAUUUUUAUUUGGUUAUUUUCACGUUUUAUUUCCUUGUCAAAUCAAUCAUUAACAUACAUGAUUGAAAAGUCCCUCUUCCUCCAAUCCAUUCGCAUUUUAAGCGAUCGAGAUAUUCAAAGUAUUGAUUCGGGCAUUUCCGGCUUUUUUUCUCGCUAUUAAAUACAAUUCAUGCACAAUUAUGAAAUGAUGAAUUGAUGAACCGAACCGCAUGUUUACUACACGAACAUAGUACGGGCUCCAAAUUAAAUAAAUGAAUGAAUGAAAAAAAAAACAAAUUAUAAACAAAACAUAAAGCUUUUAAACUUUGAUGACAAAGUCAAUCAAUAUUAUACGACUCUUAUUAUAAUUAUUACGUAAUUUUACCAAACAACAAACAACCACAAACAAAACAAAUAAAAAAGAAUUCCGUUCAUUUGGUGAUUGUGAAAGUCCGUCGGUUCUCUAGUUAUUUAACUAAAUGUAAUAGAAAUAUUUUUUUUUGUUUUGAUUUUUGGGCAUUUCAAUAUUCAAAAUUAUAAAUAAAUUCGAAAUAAUGAAGAAAAAAAAUGUAAAAUGUUGGUCUGUCCAUCUGAUGUAUUAUUAUUUAAAAAAAAAAAAAAAACAAAUCUGAACACACACGUUACUUUCACAGUCAUCAAAUGAACUACAUUAUUGCUAUAUACACUACAUUUUAACAAAAUAAAACAAAUGAAACAUUAUAUAUGCAAAAUGCAUUUAAUGAAGAUGAAGAAAGCGCAAUAAACACAACACACACACACACACACACACACAACACACAAAAUGAACAAGUGAUUUAAGCUAAAUUUUAACGGUACACAUUUAAGGAGGGAUUUAUGCACAAGUGUAAACGAUACUAAGCCAAAAUAAAAACAGAACCGAAGAGUAUUGAGAAGCAUACGAAACAUAUACACAGCGAAACAAAUCAAACAUUCACAUCCGAUUUUGGCAUAAAAAACACUUGUAUCGAUUUUUUGACCAUUGAAUUAAAAGUGUUUUAAUGUUGAAUUCGGAAUGAAUUCAAACAAUUUUAUUUAUUAUCGCAACUUUACACCAAGAGUAUAUAUAGUAAAAUGCAAACAAAAGAUCGAAUAGAUGGCAUUGGUCAAUACUUUUUUUUUUGUUUAGUUUCGCCUGUUUCUCUUCAGUUCAAUUUAUAUUUUUGGCUCCCAAUGAUUAUGGGUCGUUUCGACUAUAUUUGUCUAACACACACUACAGCAAGUGAAAGCUCCCUUUCUCCCGAAUAAAAGCACGGACACUUUGCUGUGAUCGAAUAUUCAUUAUCAUGAAAAACAAAAAUUACACAUGAAACCCAUAUAGCAAUACGUGAAAACAAUUAAAAAAACAAAUUAAGAAAACGACAUAUUUUUUCCAGCGAGAAAAAGAAGUGAAAGUUUUUAUCAACGUUUAUCCAAAAGAAAAUUACAUAACAUUUAUUUCCUGAAACCAGAUAAAGAACGAAUACAAAACCCUCCCUUCUACACACACAACCAAAUUUGAAGCAACUGUCCAAGACUUGUCCCAAGAGGGGUUAUUAAAUCACCUGGUUUUUCAUCAUUUUUAUGUUACAUCGGCUGAAUUGAGAUUUGGUAUUAGAUCAAGCGACAGAAACUAUUGCGUAAUAUUAGACGAAUUUGACUGUCACCGAGUGAUUUGACUGUCACCGAUUUGAUGAAAUGCUCAAGUUUAUGCACGCCAGAAAAUGUCAAAAAUACGAACAUUUCAGACAUUCUCACAAAUUUUUUCAUCAGAGAUUAUGUGAUGGUGUGCGAAAUGGCUGCAAAAAUGAAGAAAAGUUCGAUUUUUUAAUUGUGCCAGAGCAAAAGAACCAUUUUCAAAUUGAUUUGUACUGCGAUGUGCUACGCUUAACAGCAACUUUGUUUAUCACUAUUCACUUACGCAGGCGUGUGACACAGUGUGAGUGUAUAUUCGCUACACAAACUAAUUCGAAAUGAUUUUAUUUGCUCUGGUUUAUUCAACACACAAUCAAAACUGCACAGUGAAACCAUUUGAAAAUCGCUUCAUAUGAGUAUCAAUCAGAAUGGUUUUUUUUCCUAUUACAUCUAUACUGGUAAAAGCCACUCUUCGCUUGGCUAUGUGACAGUCGUAAUAUUCUCGUAUAUCUCCCAUGCAAUCAAUUCAAAUACAAUUCAAACUACUUGAAAUGAACGAACAUUAACGUUAUUGCAUUGAAAUGGGUUUUUUUUGUGUGAAGAAAAAUUGCUCCGCACAAAAUUGUCGCAUUAAAAUCUUCAUUGGAAUUUUACACGAUGGCAGCAUAAUAUUGAUGAUCAAUUCCAAAAAGUUAAUGCCAAAAUGGAAAAAAUAGACUUGAUCAUUCUUUUCCAUCGCCAGGACGGUCAACAGUUGAAUUAAAUGUAUCAUUUUUUUUAGUAAAUGAAAGGAGUUUAAAAAUGUAUAUGUAUUCGACAGAUACACUCACACACAUACACUAUAUAUAGUUUUUAAGAGGAUGAUUAUGAUGAUAACAAGCGAUAGAUAAAUCUAUUUAAAUUACAUUCAAACAUUUUGAAAUUAUGUAAACACACUCUCACAGUCACACAAAAAAAAACACACGCAUUAAACAAUGAAAAUGUACCAAAUAAAGUUUAAAAAAAGAACAAAACACACAUACAUAAACAACAGUAAAAACUUACAUAGCAACAUUUAUUUUAAGAUAUAUAAGCAAAACACACACACACACACAAAAGCUAAUUGUUUAAGCGCUUAUGCGUUAAUUCAAAGAAUUCUUCGAACAAUAAAGUGAAUAAAAAAAAAUGUGAAAAAAACAGACAAAUAGAGUUAAUACUGUUCUAAAAAAGAGAAAGAAAUAUGAUGUGAGAUCAAAAGAAAAUAAUCACAUAUGUAUUUAAAUGAAAUAAUGUUUAUGUAUGUAUGGACGGUAUAUGUGAAUUGAAUUUCGCAUAUAUUGAUCAAAGGCAGACGUAUGAACAAUACAUAAUAAGGAAAAGAAAAACUUAGCCUAUAAUCUAAUUUUAUUAAAAAAUAACAAGCAAAGUGGAAAUGGAUGAAAUAUAAUGGAAUAAAAUUGAAUAAAUUAUCAAAAAGAAAACAAUGAUAAAAAAAUGAAUACAGUAAUUUAAGUUAUGUUGCAUUUCAUUUAUUUUGUUUGUUCAUUUAUCAACAAUUACAACCGAGCAGGAUACACACUACACUCUAUAAUGAUCAAUGAUUUUUGGAUAUCUUUUAAAAGAACCACAAAAUGAAUUCAGAGACACUCAUCGCUGUGUGAGUUGGUCAAGCAAAAUAACAAAAUCAAAUUAAAUUGUUGAAUGUAAACCAAAUAGAAAUCUAUAAAUGUUCAAAAACCAACAAAACAUCUUUCACAACAAAAACAAUGAAAGUAAAUUAUGUAUUUUAUUGGGCUCUAUGCAACUAGAUUUUCGUCUGUUGCAAUCCGUCUAAAUACCUUCAGCCAAACUGACUAAUAUGCUUCUAAACAAAAAAAAAACUUAACACAAUCCAAUUAAUUUGGAAUGAAAACGUGAUGACUUUAAAAAUCAGUUAUUAGAAGAAGAAGAAGAAGAAAAAAUUGUAUGGAAUAUGGCUCAAAACAAAUGAUCAAAAGCAAAAAAAAAACGCAUCAUUUUUCGAAAUUUUCGAUUUGUACUAAUCAAAUAACGAAAAUAAGAGCAAAUUGCAAUACAAAAAUUGGUCUUGUUCCAUUGAUUUUUAAAACGUUUUCUAACUUAUUAGAAGCAAUCAUAUGAAAAACAAAAAGAUGAGCAAAAACUUUGAAUUUGAAAACAAUUUCAUCGGGUGUUAUUUGAAGCGUCAAAGUGGCAAUCACAUUCAAAUACAAACACACAUACACACAAAUGACACAACAAACACCUAUAAUACAUACAUUUAACAAAAAAAGCAAAGAGAAUAACUUAAUUACAUUAAUAAUUAAUAUACAAGAAUAUCUUGAACAAAUAAAUAAAUAAAUAAACAAAAAAAAACCUACACAAUGAGAACAUAGUAAUAAAGAUUUAUAAAAGAACAAAGGUGGAAAGAUGACGACGGGAGACAUGCAAAUCAACCGGAUAGAAAAUAUACAAAAAAAAACAAAUGAUGAACAUAUAUAUAAUUAUUAAAGUAUAUAAAAUAAUAUUGAAAAGAAAAAAAAAUGGUUCACAACGUGCCCUGUGUAUGUGGGAAUUAUUAUAAAAAUAUAUUAUGGACAUUGUUCAAUAA